AUGCCAAAGGGACCUUGGGAAGUUAUUCAUGCCGAUUUCUACGGUCCGUUACCAUCUGGAGAAUAUCUUCUAGUAGUGAUCGAUAGAUACUCCAGGUAUCCAGAAGUGGAAAUCGUGUCGUCAACUAAAGCUUCAACGGUUAUACCUAAGUUGGACAAAAUGUUCGCAACGCAUGGCAUACCAGAUACGUUAAAAACGGACAAUGGCCCUCCUUUUAACGGAGAAGAAUAUCGACGAUAUGUUCGAGCGUUAGGAAUUAAAGUAUUAUAUUCCACACCAUAUUGGCCGCAAGGUAAUAGCGAAGCCGAACGAUUCAUGCAGCCCUUAGGCAAAGCUUUAAGAACUGCUAAAGCCGAAGGAAGACCGUGGAGACAAGAGCUAAACAGGUUUCUACUUCAAUACAGAACAACGCCACAUUCGACUACCAAAGUACCACCGUCGGAGUUAAUAUUCAAUCGUGUGGUAAAAGGCAAACUUCCAAUGAUCAGUAAACGUAACAUUGUGAACAGACACAAACAAGCACGAGAGAAUGACAAGGCAGGAAAAGAGUAUAACAAGCAGUACGCAGACAAUCGUCGGAAAACUAAACAUCGUAACAUCGCUGUCGGUGAUAGUGUUUUGGUUAGACAGAGAAAACAAAACAAGCUGACAACAAAUUUUGACACCACACCAUAUCGUGUUAUAGGAACAAACAGAUCGCAAGUUACAGCACAAAGUAAAGAUGGACACAAAAUAACAAGAAACGUGUCACACUUUAAACGUAUCCCCGGGAAAAAAGUAGAGGUAGAUACUGACGUCGAUGACGAAGAGUAUAAAGGAAAAGAUGCAGAGAAUGCGAAGGCAGGACAGAACAAUUCUCAAUCGACACCCGAAGUUCCACUGAACAUAGCUAGGAGAUCAACGAGAGACAGAAGAGCACCGCAAAGAUACGGUAACCCAUUAAUGUGGAAAUAA